AUGAAUACAUUCUAUUCGAAUGCGACACUGGGCAAAAAAUAUGGUUCACAACAACACCAUUCGGCUAACUACCCUCACCGCCCAAACCAUAACAAUCCUUCUGGAUCUGGCAUGAACAACCAGAACGUUGAGCAGAGUGACAGCUACCAACACCGCAAUACGACGGGUGGAGGCGCCGGAUACCGUAGCGCCGGCUUCAAAGGCGGCCAGAACUUUCGAUCGGAGAUGCCCGGGUACCAAAACCAUCGCAAUGGGUUUGGCGAUGCUGGUGGUGCCUUCCAUCGCCCAAGCGGUGCGCACUACUCUGCGAACGGAGGCUAUGCGGGUGGCAGUGGGGGUGGCUCUCACUACCAUCGUGAGGAGAAGCCGGAAGAGGAAAUCUUUAAGGAACAUACGCCUGGUAUCAACUUCGAUCUUUACGAAGCCAUUAAGGUCAUGCUUACGCCAAACGACACGGAACCCUGUGAUACCUUCGUCGGUAUGAAUCUUGCACCUGCCCUUAACGACAACGUGGCGCGUUGUCGCUACACUAAACCCACUCCGGUGCAACGCUACGGGAUUCCGUGUGUUCUUAAGGGGCGGGAUCUCAUGGCUUGCGCUCAGACCGGCUCCGGCAAGACCGCUGCCUACUUAAUACCCGCAAUUAAUUUCAUGCUUGUAAACAACCUAAAUCGCUCUCAACAUAGCAGUAACCAUGCUGAGCCUUCUGCCCUUGUGCUUUCACCCACACGAGAGCUUUCGAUCCAGAUAUACGAAGAAGGUCGGAAGUUUACGUAUCGCAGCGGUAUCCGGUGCGUAGUUGUGUACGGUGGCGCCGACCCACGCUAUCAGAUUCAGGAGCUUAUGCGUGGCUGUGGUCUACUUGUGGCCACUCCAGGUCGUCUAUGGGAUCUUUAUUCUCGAGGCUAUGCCCGUUUUUCUGGUGUUCGCUUCCUUGUACUUGACGAGGCUGAUCGGAUGCUAGACAUGGGCUUUGAGCCGCAGAUUCGUCAGAUUGUGCAGAGCUCUGAGAGCGACAUGCCUCGAACGGGACACCGCCAAACGUUGCUCUAUUCUGCCACUUUCCCGAAGGAAAUCCAACAGUUGGCUCGUGAGUUCCUGCACAACCAUUAUUUUCUGCAAGUUGGCCGCAUUGGCUCGACUACGGAGAGCAUCACCCAGGACGUACGUUGGGUAGAGGACAACGAAAAACGAGACACACUUCUUUCACUUUUGCACCAGCAUGAAGGCGAGCGCGUUUUGGUCUUUGUUGAGAAGAAGCGUGAUGCUGAUUAUCUGGAACGUUUUCUUCGCCAGAAUCGCGUCGCCUGCGCGAGCAUCCACGGUGACCGUGUGCAACGAGAGCGUGAAGAAGCCUUAAGUUCCUUUAAAAAUGGACCCUACCGCGUUUUGGUUGCCACGGAUGUGGCUUCUCGUGGUCUCGACAUCCCCAACGUUGCGGUUGUGGUCCAGUACGACCUCCCGAGCAAUAUUGAUGACUACGUUCAUCGUAUCGGCCGUACUGGUCGUGCUGGGAAGCAGGGCACGGCUGUCUCUUUCUUCAAUGAAAAAAACCGUAACAUUGUUAAUAGCCUCAUUCCUCUGCUUAAUGAAACUAAUCAGAAUGUCCUACCACAGAUCCAAGCCCUUGCUAAAAAACCGAAUAAUACUAAUAUGGCUCAGAGCAACUUCGCUCGCGGCCGUGGUGGCUUUUCCAAUGGCUUUAGGAAUAGCGGUGGCCCUUCUGGACAACGCAACUUCUUUCGUGGGGGUGGCUAUUUCCGCGGGUGGGGGAACCGAGGGGGCUAUGGCGACUAUAACGGAAACCAAGGAGGUGGUGUUGGGCACAGGGCUUUUAACCGCGGAGAUAACUUUGGCAGCGGGGAGGAUUAUCACAAUAUGAACGGUGGUGUUGGAUUCAAUAAUAUGCGCAGCAAUGUAUUUGGGCAGCGCGAACAACAGAAUCAGAAGUACUAA